CAAGUAUUUUAAAGUUCUUUCAUGCCCCCUUCACUUUAUUCCAUCUGCUUCUUGUCUUCUUUUUCUCAUUCUCUAUUCAAGAUGGUAUUUUGAAGCAGAUAGCGGAUAUUAGCUGGCUGCAUCUCUUGAUUUAUGAGUUUGGUUUAGUUUAAGUGUAACGAGAUUGAGAUUUGUUGAGUGUAGUUUUUAUGGAUCAUAUGUUAUCUAGAGGGAGUGAUUUUGAGGUUGAUCUUGAGAGUUGUAGGAGUACGAGUGGAGAAGCCGGAAAUAAUAAUUCUACUUUGGAUGCUAAAGCAGGGAAUGUACUUUUCACUAGUGUCUGUAACGGAGAUGGUGAAGAACUUUCUAAAACUGAAAAUGGAUUGAAUAUGAAUAGCCAUACACAGGAUGGGGAUGAGCUUACUCGGGGGAGUGUUAGAGUGUGUAUAGAUGAGGCAAGCUUAGUAGAGAAGAAAAAAAGCAAAGAAAAACGUAAAUCCACGAGUGCUAAGAAGCCUCCCAAACCGCCUAGACCUCCCAGAGGAUUGUCUUUGGAUGCUGCUGACCAGAAAUUGAUUAAAGAGAUUGCGGAACUCGCAACGAUUAAACGUGCACGGAUUGAGCGAAUGAAGGCUUUGAAGAAACUGAAAGCAGCAAAAGCGGCGCCUCCUUCAGCAGCAUUGAAUGGCAGUUCCCUUGCCUUGCUCUUUACUAUUUUUUUCUUUUUUGUGCUAUUGUUUCAAGGGAUAUCUUAUAGAAGUUCAACUAUGAACUUUUAUGAUUCAGUCCAACUGGGCAGGGUAAGGGAGAAUAGGUUCAUUAUUGUACAGGAAGACUCUAAUUUACCCACCAGUGCUGCCAUCGUCGCAAGGUCUGACUCUUCUGAUUCAGUGGAGCAGGCUUCUGGUUUAACUCAUGGAGUAGUCCGAAAAUUAUCACAAGCUGAAAUUCAGUGACAUGGUCGAGCUAUGCAAAUAUGAAUACGAUUUCCACUAUGUUUAUGGUACAUGCUGCGCCUGCCUGAAGAAGUUCUAUGUAAGUGACUUGGCACGACUGCCUAAUUUGUAUACCCUGUACAGUGAUUGAUACUGGUUGAUUGAGAUGAAUAACCACUGGCAUAGCAUUCUUAAGGAUGAGUCGGAAUUGCCAAUUGCUGGCUAGUCUCAAAUUGGAAAAUAGCUUUCUAUGCCUAAUUUCCAUGUGUGUUCUGAGUAGAUAAAUGUUAUGAUAUUUGGACUAGUUAAAUUGUGCAUAAUAUACUCACAACAAGAACCCUGUAAUUUCAGAUCAACCAUUUUAACAUGUUUACUAACCGUACCUUGUUUGACUU